AUGAUCCACGAUGGCCCUGAGGUGUACCUGUAUACUCAAAUAUACCGUAUUGGCGCAGGAGUCCCUCUGGUGGAUGGAGAGAUACCGCAUUCACCGAGCAAGGAGUAUCUACAGAACCUCGUCGAUCGAUUCGGGCCCACAUUCCUCUCAUCAGACGCUUCAGUGAAUCCCAACUCCACACCAGGUGCUACAGUAGGAGCUGAUAAGAUCACCACGAAACACGGUGGCAUCAUCCUUCUUGUUGGACAUGCGGCGCACAUCCACUCUCCCGCCGGCGGCCAGGGGAUGAACCUCGGCAUCCGUGACGCAGUGUUCCUUGGAGAGGCUCUCGUAAAGCAUAUAAACGCGUCUGCUUCGCAGCCCUCCAGCGUCGACGCUGAUUAUAUCUUGCGUGAAUUUGCAGAGGAGAGGCAUAAACGCGCUCUAGAAGUGAUUGCAUUAACUAAGAACAUGCUUUCAUUUAUGGGGAUGCCGGAUAAGAAGAUAUCAUGGCUGUUCCCAAUCUCGGCUACCACUGCGCGGGACUGGGUGAUGUGGCUUGGCUUCAAGUUUAGCUUCAUGCAGGCAAAGAUGGCGUGGGCGAUGAGUGGACUGGGGAGAAGAUAG